UGCACAUGCGCACUGCUCUCCGCGGCGUCCCUGCGCGCUUCCGCCCGGCCGCAGGGCUGGCAACAAUGCGCGCUCCGGCGGCCGGGACGGGACAUGGCGGUGAAUUACGCGGCCGGGCUCUCGCCGUAUUCGGACAAGGGCAAGUGCGGCCUCCCCGAGAUUUUUGACCCGCCGGAGGAGCUGGAGAGGAAGGUGCGGGAGCUGGCGGACCUGAUCAGGAGCUCCUCCAAUGUGGUGUUUCACACGGGGGCUGGAAUCAGCACCGCCUCGGGGAUUCCUGACUUCAGGGGGCCCAAUGGUGUGUGGACUAUGGAAGAGAAGGGGCUCUCCCCAAAAUUCGACACCACCUUUGAGAACGCCCGCCCCUCCAAGACCCACAUGGCGCUGCUGGGGCUGCAGAGAGUCGGCAUCCUGAAGUUCCUGGUCAGCCAGAACGUGGACGGCCUGCACGUGCGUUCGGGAUUCCCACGGGACAAGCUGGCCGAGCUGCACGGGAACAUGUUCGUGGAAGAGUGCGUGAAAUGCGGCAAGAUCACUGUUGGGUUUGGAAGGAACCUCUGGAGAUCAUCUAGCGCAACCCCCCUGCUAAAGCACGUUCACCAGAGCAGGUUGCACAAGACCGUGUCCAGGCAGUACGUGCGCGACGCCGUGGUGGGCAGCAUGGGGCUGAAGCCGACGGGCCGGCUGUGCAGCGUCACCAAAGCGCGGGGGCUGCGCGCCUGCAGAGGGAAGUUACGAGACACCAUCCUGGACUGGGAGGAUUCCCUGCCGGACCGUGACCUGACGCUGGCAGACGAAGCCUGCAGGAAAGCCGAUCUCUCCGUCACGCUGGGGACCUCUCUGCAGAUCAAACCCAGUGGCAACCUCCCGCUGAUCACCAAGAAGAGGGGAGGGAAGCUGGUCAUCGUCAACCUGCAAGCAACCAAACAUGACAGACAGGCCGACCUGCGCAUCCACGCCUACGUCGACGACGUCAUGACGAAGCUGAUGAAGCAUUUGGGGCUGGAGGUCCCGGAGUGGACGGGGCCGGUGGUGGUGGAAAGCGCCGAGCUCCCCAAACCCGAACAGCUCUUCGAAUUUGCCCCCGGGGCUCACGGGCCACUGAAGGAGGAGCCCCUGUCGCAGCAGAACGGCACGGGGGGGCUCGGCCCCGACCGCGGGACCACGCUGGGCGAGCGCCGCGACAGUUUGAAGCAGGAGCGUCCCAGCCCAGACAUGGGGCCAACGACGGUGAAGAAGAUGAAGGUGGAGCCUCUCGCCACCUGACCCGGACUGAUCCUGCCUGUCUAGACACUCGUCUGUGCCGCUUUUCCUACCGACUUUUUUUUACACCCUUCAACAUUGUCCCUUUUUGUAUGUAAGUAUUAAAUACACUUGAAGCA